UGAGGUCAGAGGUCAGCCUGAGAUCACUCAUCUCCAGGAAAAGGAAGGGAGGAAACAGCUCAGCCUUUACACCCUCACCAUGAUCACCUUUGUCUUAGAUUCUCCCUCUUUUCACAGGCUCGAGUGGUAGCAGCAACGUUUAUGGUCCCUGGACAGGGCCAUGUGAUCUUUGAGGAUGUGGCUGUGUCCUUCUCCCAGGAGGAGUGGGGGCUCCUUAACGAUGCUCAGAGACUCCUGUACUGUGAUGUGAUGCUGGAGAACCUGUCACUCAUAGCCUCCCUGGGGUGUUGGCGUGGAGCAGAUACUGAGGAGGCUGCUUCUGAACUGUGUUUUUCUGUAGGACAAAUGACACAAAACAGGAUUCCAAGUCCAGACCCAUCUAUCCUGAAGACUCUUACUUCAGAUACGUGUGCCCCGGUAGAGAAAGAUGUUUUGUCCCUGGCCGAGCACCAAGGAGUGCAUCCUGGGCUGAAACCAUCCUUUUCUGGGGCUUAUGGGAAAACGUUCAGUUCUCACCUACGGCACCACCAGAAGCAGCCCGGUGGAGAGAAACACCUCAGAAGGGAGAACGGGGCCUUGCUUGUGACGAACUGCAAAGUCUUUUUACCCGACAAUAUGUUCACAUGCAGAGAGGUUGAGAAGUGUUUCCUAGGCAGCCUGGGCUUUCCCCAGCACCAGCCCUCCCACCAUGGAGAGCAUCCACGUAGAAGCAGGCAGAUCAGGGAGGUCUCUCACCCUGGGCAAGGGCCCUAUGAGUGCAGCGAAUGUGGCAAAACCUUUAAUAAGAAGUAUAAAUUCACAGAGCACCUGAGAGUUCACACUGGAGAAAAACCUUAUGAGUGCAGUGACUGCGGGAAGUUCUUUAGACUCAGAGGGGGUCUUUCUCAUCAUCGGAGAGUUCACACAGGAGAAAAACCUUUUGAUUGCAGUAAAUGUGGGAAAGUCUUCAUCUACAAAUGUAAACUUGUUCAGCACCAAAGAGUUCACACUGGAGAAAGACCUUAUGAGUGUAAUGAAUGUGGGAAGGCCUAUGCCCGCAAGGAUUCACUUGUCCAACACCAAAAAGUCCACACUGGAGAGAAACCUCAUAAAUGCAGUGAAUGUGGGAAGCUCUUCCUUUAUAGAAAUAAACUUCUUGUGCACCAGAGGAUCCACACUGGAGAAAAGCCUUUUAAGUGCACUGAAUGUGGGAAGUCCUUCAGUUAUAAAACAAGUCUUAUUAUCCACCAGAGAACCCACACUGGAGAAAGGCCUUAUAUGUGCAGUGAGUGUGGGAAAGCCUACGUCAACAAAAAAAGUCUUAUUGUCCACCAGAGAAUUCAUAACGGAGAAAAACUUUAUGGCUGUAAGAAAUGUGGGAACUUCUUUAUAAGCAGCUUUGCCCUCAACAAACACCAGAAUAUUCACACUGCACAAAGGCGUUAUGAGUGCAGUGAAUGUGGGAAAGCUUUCAAGAGGAAAAUCAGACUUGCUGAGCACCUGAGAAUCCACACUGGAGAAAGACCCUAUGAGUGUAAUGAAUGUGGGAAAGCCUUCAAGCUAAAGAAUACACUUGUUAGCCACCAAAAUGUCCACACUAGAGCAAAGCCUUUUCAGUGUGGUGAAUGUGGGAAGCCCUACAGUAACAAAACAAGCCUUGUUGUCCACCAGAGAAUCCACACUGGAGUAAAGCCUUUUCAGUGCAGCCAAUGUGGGAAGCCAUACAGUUACAGAACAAGUCUUAUUGUCCACCAGAGAAUCCACACUGGAGAAAGGCCUUAUGAGUGUAGUUCUUUGUAUGCAGCUCCAAGCUCAUAAAAAAGAGGCAAGUUCACACCGGGGAAAUGCCUUGUGGACGUAUGCUUUCCUUCACUUGAGUUAAUAUCUAGCAGCACAAUUCCUGUGUCAUAGAGUAGGUGAAUGUUUAACUUAUGUGGGGUCAGCCAAACUUUUCUAAAGUGGUAGUAUCCUUUUACCAUCUCGCCAGAAGCACCAGAACCCAAGUUCCCGUUCUUUCCAUUCUCACCAACACUUGGUAUGUUCAAGCUUUCUAAUUUUAGUGACACCAUAGGUGUAUAGUGGUAUCAAGUGAUUUUAAUUUUCAUUUCCCUAGUGACAUGAUGCUGAGUGGUAUUCAGUGUGUUAAUUUCCAACCAUAUAUUGUUAUUGAAAUUUCUGUUCAUUUGAUUUGUCAUUCUAAUUACUGAGUUUUGGCAUUUCUCCAUGGAUUAUUAAGAUCCUCUAAUGGAAAUACUUAGCAAUACAUUCUUCCAGAAUUGGUCUUGUCUUUUCAAUCGCUUUUCCACAGAAAAAGUUUUUUAUUUUAGUGUAGUCUAAUUUGUCCAUUUAUUCUUACACUUUUUCCCUUGUUUCCUCCUGUAACUUUUAUGGUUCAGGGUUUUUAUUGAUGUAAAUGAAUCAUUUUCAGUUAAUUGUGGAAGUUACUUUAAAAAAUAUGGAUAUCCAAUUGCUGCAGUGAUAUUGAUUUAAAAGAUUAUAACUUUUCCCCUGAAUUGCUUUAGUAUCUUCAUCAAAGCUCAGUCAUUUAUGUAUAUGUUUAUUUCUGGCAUUUCU